CUUGAACUCAAUUCAUCUAAUCUCUUUCGCACACACGCACGCUCAAAUAUUCAUAUUUUAAUAUUAUCUUUUUAUAUAUACAUCUUUUUUUUUCCUUUUUUCAUCUCUUUCUCUUUCUUUUUCUUCUUCAUUGUACAUUCAUCUCCCACUCAUCCUACAGUCACCAUGUUCAACCUCAAGACUACACUCAAGGCUCUUGUCUACAGUGCUCUCGUUCUCGCCUCAGUAUCUGCUGUACCUGUGUCUGACCAUCCUAGUGUCUCUGUCUCUGCUGAAUUCCCUAAUGCCAUCGAGGGCUUAACUCCCUCUAUCAUCUCUGGAGAGGCCAACAAACUCAAAGUUACCUUCCGUAACUCGGGCAAAACUGAUUUGAAAGUUAAUUUAAUCACCGGUACCAUCGCUGAGCCCGAUGACUUUAACAACGUCAUUCGCAACUUAACCUCGUACAGAUACAGCACUGUUCUCAAAUCUGAUGCUACUCUGAUCUUACCUUAUACUAUCAAGGUUGAUCAUGCCUCUCGCGAAGUUGGCUUGACCUUGGUCGCCGAUAUCAUCGACUCUACCAAGAACCACUUCCCUGUAGUUGUCUACAAUAGCACCGUCACCUUCUCAGAGCCUAUGCAGUCUUGGAUCGAUAUUCAAUUGAUCUUCUUGUACAUUUUGAUUGCUGGAAUCUUCGGUGGUGUUGGUAUGUUCAUCAAGGGCACAUUGUCUCCCGAAGCCAAGAAGCCUGCCAAGAAGACUCCUGCCAUGACUCCUGAGGAACGUGAGGCGGCUCUUGAGAAGAUGAAGGUCUUGGAUGAGGACUGGAUCCCUGAGCACCACAAGAAAUCUCCUCGCGUCACAAAGCGUCGCUAAAAAACUUUAUAGUUUAUUCUUGUAGUGGUAGUCUGCUGUCAUGGCAUUUUUUUAUUUUCUUUCUUUCCGUUAACUGCUGUGUAACAUAAUACAUUUAGAAAAAAAAAAAUUCAAAAGGAAAUUGGAUCGUGGAUAUAGAUUACAGGAAAAAAGUGUUACAAUAAUUGAAAGGAAUUUUGAACCAUUGAUCUGUGCUUUUAUUCAAUUGCUUGAUACUUCUGCACUAGAGUUUAUUUCGGUGUAGGAG